AUGCUCGGACUGGACUAUCUGCGCUCGGACUGGACUAUCUGCGCUCGGACCAUCUGCGCUCGGACCAUCUGCGCUCGGACCAUCUGCGCUCGGACCAUCUGCGCUCGGACCAUCUGCGCUCGGACCAUCUGCGCUCGGACCAUCUGCGCUCGGACCAUCUGCGCUCGGACCAUCUGCGCUCGGACCAUCUGCGCUCGGACCAUCUGCGCUCGGACCAUCUGCGCUCGGACCAUCUGCGCUCGGACCAUCUGCGCUCGGACCAUCUGCGCUCGGACCAUCUGCGCUCGGACCAUCUGCGCUCGGGACCAUCUGCGCUCGGACCAUCUGCGCUCGGACCAUCUGCGCUCGGACCAUCUGCGCUCGGACCAUCUGCGCUCGGACCAUCUGCGCUCGGACCAUCUGCGCCCGGACUACAUUCGGACGCGGAACUUGCAGUAA